CAAAAGUGGAACAAGUGUUAGAAGUGCGUUUAAUUGAUUCAAUAUCGAUGAACCUAGAAAAAAAGAAUUGAAGGUUGGAACGAGCAUAUAAAAAAAAUUCUUGUCUCUUACCUAAGCUUCUUGUGGAUCAAAAUAGUGAUCCAUUCCUUCUAUGUCGUAGGAUUAAAACCAAAUGGUUGUGCCUAAGGGUAUAUCGAUUGAAGUAGAUUUUUCUUUUUGAUGAAUCAAAACCCCUUCCCAAACUGUACAAGCUUCUUUCAAAGCAUACAACUUUCUGGACGUAAAUGAUGAUAUUUAUACAUAUUGUAUAAUGAAAUACUCUAUAUCAACUGUGCAAAAUUUGAAAAAAUACCACAUGAAUAUUCUAUCACGGUAGGUAUUCAAGAAUCAUAGGAUUAGAGGACGUGGCUACAAACCACGAUGUCGGGGGUUCAAAUCCCUCUUCGCCCACAACUGGCCCAAAAGGAGAAGGACCUUUGCCUUUGGGGGUAGGUUUGAAAAAGGAUUUUAGAAUGUCUGGGGUUGGGCCGCUUUCUUUUUCUUCUCAUUGAAGUUACUAUAAGGGCUUAUUUGAUCUAAUUGUACCACGUAAUCCUUUAAAGGUUUUUUGAGUGAGUUAAUUAAGCUUCAUGCUUAUUUUUACUUCCAUUGUGGGUAAUAUAUUUCCCUUUUUCGCUCUACAAGGAUCAAGACCAAAUGAAUCUUCAUUCUCUUUCUGUUGAACGAAGAUAUAUUUCGAGUUUAUCAGUGAGUGAAUAAUGAUUAAAUGGGAUAUGAAUUAUGUAAUUUUAAUUGUUAUUGAUUUCUAGGCGUAGUGCUUCUUCUCUUAUGCCGCCUAUCGGUACUAAUUGAUUAGGCUUGACUUAUAUUCAAUGCCGUGUCAAACUUGACUACAGACGUUUGAAAAGAGCAAUUUCUCGUAGCUUACGCAAAUUGACCGUCUAGUGUGUCCUGUUUACUUGUCCUUGAUUGCCGGCUCUCUUUGCAUCUCCGUCCCAUGAUCUCUCUUCAGUGUGAAGUUUCAAAGAGGGUAAAACCAGCCUGGAUGAGCAAAAUCCUGUGUGUUUGAGAGCAUAACUUUGCAUAACUUCUGAAUAUCUUCCAUCGAAAAAAAGAUAGAGAAGAUGGAAGGUGAAGGGCGAAAUCGCAAGAGAGUGGUCCUGGUCCCAGCACCAUUCCAGGGCCACCUCACUCCCAUGCUUCAGCUGGCGACCAUCCUCAAGUCCAAGGGCUUCUCCAUCACAAUUGCUCACGCACAGUUCAACAGUCCAGAUUCUUCUUCUCACCCCGAUUUCACCUUCUUAUGCAUACCUGAUGGCUUGUCUGAAGAAGAGGCUAGAAACCCUGAUCUGAUAGCCGUUUUGCUGAGGCUUAAUGUCAACUGUGAGUCCAGCCUUAGGGAGUGCCUAACUCGGGGCACAAACCAUAUGGAGCCAGGUGACAAGAUUUGCUGCAUCAUCUACGAUACACUCUUGUACUUCUCGGAAGCCGUAGCCCGCGAUUUGAAGAUUCCUAGUAUUGCUUUAUACACGAGUAGUGCUGCUGCUACCAUAGUUCGCCCGAUUCUUCUCCAAUUAAAGGCACAAGGACACAUCCCUGUCCCAGAUUCCAUGUUGCAGGUUCCGGUGCCCCUGCAUCAGCCUCUCAGGUUCAAAGACAUGCCACUCUCCAAUUUUGGAAGUUUGGACUAUUACUUGGAGUUGGUAGUCUUGAUGCAUAAUAUCAGAUCGUCUUCGGCCAUUAUAUUCAACACGAUUCACUGCCUUGAAGAGUCGCCUCUGGCGCAGCUCCACCAAAAGUACCAAGUUCCAAUUUUUCCAAUAGGCCCUCUACACAAACUCGCUCCUACCUCAGCUGUUAGCCUACUGCAAGAGGAUACUGGUUGCAUUCAAUGGCUUGACAAGCAAACUCAUAAUUCAGUCAUUUAUGUGAGUUUGGGAAGCAUAGCACAUAUGAGCCAAGACCAAUUGUCUGAAAUGGCUUGGGGUUUGGCAAAUAGCAAGGAGCCUUUCUUGUGGGUUAUUAGGCCUGGCUCAAUUCCAGGUUCGGACUGCAUUGAGUCAAUGGAUGAAGAAUUCAAAGAAUGUGUUAAGGACAGGGGAUGCAUUGUGAAAUGGGCACCUCAGAAGAAAGUACUGGCUCAUGACGCGGUGGGAGGGUUUUGGAGCCACUGUGGAUGGAACUCCACCUUGGAGAGUAUAUGCGAAGGUGUUCCUAUGAUAUGUCAACCAUGCUUUGGGGACCAAAAGGUGAGUGCGAGGUACUUGACUCAUGAAUGGAGGGUAGGAUUAGAACUGGAGGGUGAGAUAGAGAGAGGGACAGUAGAAAGAGCUGUUAGAAUAUUGAUGAAGGAAAAGGUAGGUGAAGAGAUGAGGCAGAGGGUCUUGGAUUUGAAGCACAAGUGCGAUGUUAGUAUAGGUGAUGGUGGAUCUUCUUGCCAUUAUCUGAGCGAGCUAGUCGAGUUGUUGAGAUCGUUCUAGCAGCACAGAGUUGUUUGCUACUAAAGCACCGCGCGGAAUGAAGAUGUAGUGCAGAAAGUGCAAAGAUUUGGUCUUCUGGCAUUGAAGCACAGAACAGAACAGAACAGAUAAUGCUUUGAUGCAAUGACAGAAAUUUGUUGGCUUGUCAUGCAAGUUUGAGUUGAAGCAAUCUCUUCUUUUUCCUCUCUGACCAGUGGACCUGAUCUGAAUGGGUCGAAUUCACUUCUCCGUUUAUGUAUAACAUGACAUGGUUGUUCAUUAUGUCACAACUCUGAAACCUAAA